CCUUUAUAAGCACAGCGACAAGUUAGCACCUGCAUCUAGAAAUGUUAGACUAUCUUGUCUACGUGUACUGUCUGACGUGGGCGGCUCAAGUUUUCACGGAGGAGGUCUUACCCACAGCUACCAUGUUGCCGAUACCGACUAUAACGCCUGGACCCAAUUCUUGUGAAACCUUCAAAAGCCUAUUCGGAUUAACAUACAAGCAGAUGCGAGCAAAAAAUAUAACAUACAACAUGCUGAAGAUAGACCACAUCACGAGCAAAAACGAACAAGUCGACUUAACAGACAUUAACAAAUUCUUAGAAAACAUAAAAGGACCAAAGAAUAUUAUACUUCUAAUUCAUGGUUUCAUGGAGAGUUCCAAAGGAGCUAUGGUGCAGACUUUAGCCAGGGAAUACAAGAAGAAAGAUGGAGUAGAAAUCUUUGCUGUGGACGGUAGAAAUGCCAUUGGUAUUGAAUACUUCGUUUCUACCACUUACGCUAGAUUCCUGGGUGAAGAACUUGGAUGGUUCCUGGGGGUGAUUGUAAAAAACGGUGUCAACCCUGCAAAGAUAUCUGUAGUGGGACAUAGUCUAGGAGCCCACAUCGCGGGAGUAGCUGGGCAAGUAGUCCAGGAGAACACUGGACAGAAGCUCGGAAGGAUCACCGGUUUGGACCCCGCGAGACCUUGCUUCACCAAUAUACACCCUGAAGGUAGACUGGAUCCGUCUGAUGCUGGUUUCGUCGACGUCAUCCACACCAACGCUGGAGUACUGGGAUUGUCACAAAGUGUAGGUCACCUAGACUUCUACCCCAAUGGAGGCUCAUCGCAACCCGGUUGUGUCCUGACAACCUGCCACCACAGCAGGGCUUGGGAGUUCUUCGCUGAAACAAUCAUGUCCCCCGAUCGUUUCCCGGGGAGAAAAUGCUGGAACCUAACAAGUUUUCAAAAUGGCGACUGUAGGAACAACAAAGUGGCAUACAUGGGAGCUAGGCUGAGGUCUGUUACACCUGGCAAAUACUACUUGUCCACAUCAGAAUCCCCUCCGUUUGGAUUAGGAGAGUCCGGUAGUGGGUAG